AAUAUAACGUUUUAAAACCUGAGAACAAAAGAUAAACCUUUUAAAAUACUAAAAUCUUGAGACAAAAUUAUCUUUUCUAAAAUAAUAAUAAUAAUAAUAAUAACUUCAUACUUUAUAUAUAUAUAUAUGGAACACCCUCCGUUGGCCCAUUGCAAAUAAGGACACAUCCUUUAAACCAUUAUUAUUCGCCGGCGAAGCUUCAGGCAACUAUCGGCGUCUCCUCCACCAUCUCCGUCGUUGUUUUUCGCUGGAGUUACAGUUGCCAAUCAGAACCACCGUCGUCUCAGAGAAGAAUCCAUGGCGGAGGAGCAUAACAAUCCCUUAACAGAUGACAUAACAAUCGAAAUUCUUCAACACUUCUCUCUAAGAUCACUCGCCGUUGCCAACUGCGUCUCUAAGCUCUGGCAAUCCUUCAUUUCCACCAAAUCUCUCCUUCACACUCCUCUUUCCCCUCCAAUCCGCCACGGCUUCUUCUUUCAGAGCUCCCACAUCCCCAAAAAUGGCGUUCCCAUUCACUUCUUCCCUUCAUCUCCCACUUCUCUAAACAAAACCCAUUUCCCCAAUCUCCGUCUUCUCGCCUCCAGCAAUGGCCUUCUUCUCUGCGGCAAACCCAAUCAAAACCCCAUCAUCCAUUACUCCGUUUUCAAUCCUUCCACCAAUCAACUCAUUCCCAUCCCCAAACCCACCAAUCUCAUCGCCGCCGUCAAAAUCGGCUUCCACUCCCACAAUUCUGUUGCUUUCACCAUCCUUCGAUUUGUGAAUUUUGGGAUCAGACCAAUGGAGAUUUUCACUUCAGAAACAGGGGAAUGGCGGCGGUUGUGUUUUGAUUUGGUGAUCGACUCGUUGUUUUUGCCGUUUGAAGGACCAUCAGCGGCUGUCUUAAACGGAGUGUUCUACUGGUUGGAAUUUGAUUCCUUUAUUUACGCUUUUGAUUUGCUUAGAAAUGAGUUUUUUGAAAUGGAAUUUCCUACUGAAGAAACAGAGUAUCGCCGGAAUGCGUUGUCUCGCUGCCUCGCCGUCACCGGUGGGAGGCUGCUGAUGGCGUCGACCGAUGGGGAGUUUGUUGAGAUUAGGGUUCUUCAGGAUAGAGAUUGUUCGUGGGGUUUGAAGUGUAGAUUGAGCGUUGAAACUCUUGUUGGCAUUAACGCAAACACCUUGUGUGCAACUGCUGCGGCGGCGGAUCGGCGGAAAUUUAUCGGGAUUGUGGGGUUUCAAGGAAGGGAUUCGGAAAGAAUUUACUUGAACACGACGGAGGUUGUGAUUUGUUGCGAUAUUGAAACUGGAAAAGUUGAGAUUGUUCAUAGAUUUGAUGCAAGUUUGGGGUGUACGGAUGUUUCUAACUUUAGGUUUUUCCCAUAUGAGUCCCUUUAGCUAAAGUAUAGUGAAAGAAGUUAAAACCUCAAAAGUAGAGGGACCCAAAUGAUAUAUUUAACAUUUAUUUUGUUGAGAACAAUAUCAUAAUAUCAAUUUAAUUAACGUUUGAACUGUGUUUCGAUUGACUUUCGUGAAAUAAGGUUGUUUCAAAGUUUU